AUGGGCGAAAACGUUCAAGUCCCCAAGACCUUCGUAGGGUUGAACAAACUCGCUGCCUUCCCUCCUGAUGCGCAGGAAUCAGUCAAACCAGGUCGUUGGUACAUCAAAGCAUCCAAGAAAGGAAAAGCACCGACGAAUGAACAUCACCGCCACAACCUCUGGUUCAGCACAGAGCCGUUGACAGCCUUCGAUGCCCAGAGGCCUAAAAGUAUCCAGUUGAUCACGUACUCCCACGGAAAGGCCGAGGAGGCCACUGCCAAAGGGUCGACCUGGUUCGAAAUCCGUAUUUGCAGCAACCCAGAUGAUGCCAAGAAAGGCAUCUCCAAGAAGGUUGAUGGCCAGAAGCUAGAGUGGUUUAGUCACGCGCACCAAUUCCAGAGCGAGGAGGAAGAAUGGUGUCUUGGUCGUGUUUUCAUGCAUGAUGAAAACAUCCUUAGUCAUGUGGAAGAGAAUGAUAUUAUUGCCGUUUAUAUCUGUGCUUCUGGCGACCAUUUUAACCACGCCAAGGAAGGAUACCUGACCUUUGACUACGGCAGCUACAAGGGCUGUGGAAUUCAUCUCGAGCUGCCAGACCCCAAGAACUCUCCUGAGGUCCUGGUCUAUGGCGAGAAUCGUCGAGAAUGCUUAAUGACACCAGUUUCUAACACUACCCGCACUUCUGCCAAGAAUGCAGUGUUUGUCGAUGGUGGAGUCGAUCUCAUGGAUCGGCUGCUGCAAAACGACGCCAAGAAUUGGAAGGUGCAAAAGCACUACCUCGAGUCAAAGAGCUCUACACUUGACCCUCAUACAAUAUUCGAGCUGGAGGGUGUCAAGAAAAACAAGAAAGGCGAGAAAGUGACCAGUGGCGAUUAUGAGACUGCCAAACAGUAUACACUUCUCGGCAGCAAUACUUCUCCGCUACCAGCACAGAACCUAGUAUCUGAGACAAAGCCGAAGAUCAUUGUCUGGAAUGACUUUGGAGUCCUUAGGGACGAGGCGACAGCCAAUACUGCACGGUCUGAUGCUCGGCUACUCAUCUAUCAAAUGCAAGCUCCUGUAUUCCAAGGAACUCUUUGGGAAAAGGCUGUGCAGGCUACCAUGCACCAGGUUGAACUCAAGCACAAGCACUCUGCCAACGCCAAGAAAGGCAGUCAAAAGGUUCUCAUCGUCAUUGAUGCUGAGGACCUUCGUGCCCAUGGUUUCCACAUCUCUCGCCGUGUAUCCUGGGAGAAGACUAUGGAAGAUUUCCGUGCUCACUUCCCCGAGUUUAUCAAGGACAUACACAAGGAUAUGCACGUGAUUGUGCGUCUGGGUUACGAAGGUGCCAUUUACGUACCACUCAAAUCCGGCAUCACCACGAAUGCGCAUGCGCGUUUCCAAUUCGAUUGUUACUUGGUGCCUGACAAAAUUGAGGGCGAUCUCCUUCGAACUCACAAUCGCAACAUCCCAGGUAUCGACAUGGCGUUCCUUGCUGGUCUGACAGCCUCGCUUGUCAGAGAAUCGAACGAUUCACUUAAUGCAAUCAGCGAGACUCAAGUCCAAGCCGCAGUGGAUCUCGGUCUGGCUUGGUCCCAUCGCUUUGCAGCUGUACGUUUCUGCAAGGACUCGAACGGCAUACUCAACUACCCAUGCCCCAAGCACUUCGACAACGAGAAGAUCAAGCCGAAGCUUAUCCCUGUCAAAGCGGAGGAAAUGGGGACUGAUGGCAACUGGUCUCUGUUCAACCGCCUAGCAAAUGUCAGAAACACGGUCAGUAGCGAAAUAGUCACCAAGGGGUCGACAGCAUGGCUUGAAGGCGAAGUCCCAACUGCUCGAUUCGGAAAUCUCCUUACUGCAGAUCGGAAAGAGAUCGAAUGUUUCCGAUCCACUGCUGCUGUUAUCGACGAGUAUCUUGCUUCACCUCCAGGCAAGCCUCUGUCUCUUGCUGUCUUCGGAUCACCUGGUGCUGGAAAGUCCUUCGGAGUAAAGGAAGUCAUUAAGACCAUGUUGCCUGACGCUAAGGGUCCUAUCGAGGUCAACCUUUCUCAGUUUAUGAAUCAUUCUGAGUUGCUAUCUACGUUCCACAAUAUUAGGGACAUGGCGCUGGCUGGGGAUAUGCCGGUCGUGAUGUUCGACGAGUUCGACAGUGUCUUCGAACAGCAGGAGCUGGGUUGGCUGAAAUACUUUCUAGCACCUAUGCAGGAUGGCUACUUCCUCGAAGAUGGUCAACAGCGAAGUUUGAAGAAGGCUAUUUUCAUCUUCGUAGGCGGAACAUCAUCAAACUGGGCUGAAUUCACCCAGGGUAUGGAUAAGGACGCAGACCAGAGGCCUGGUAGUCCUGCUGGUGGUGAUGUUAAGACGGAGAAGGAGAAGGAAGACAAGGACAAGAAGGCCAAGAAGCCCGACUUCGUCAGCAGGCUGAGUGCGUACAUCGACAUCAGGGGUCUCAACAAGAUGGGCAACAACGACGAAAUGUACAAGGUCCGACGAGCAAUGAUCCUUCGAAGCACUCUCGCAGGCCGACUCGACUUACGCGGCAAGGAUAUUCCUAUCGAUGGCAGGGUUCUAAAUGCCCUACUGGAGCAAGAGAAAUUCCGCCAUGGUGCCCGGUCUAUCUCCCUUAUUCUUCAGAUGAGCGCCUUGUCUGGGCGGGCCGGAUUUGAAGCUUCUGCGCUGCCAUCUGAUGAGCAGCUCGCCAUGCAUCUUGAUGUGGCCAAGUUCAAGGACAAUAUCCGAAUGGACCUUCAUGGCGACAAGGGCCAUGCGGGCGAGGCCGAGAACGCGGCUGACAACAAUGCGGAUGGGUACACGCAGAUUGAUGUUGAACUUCGCAGGGUCUUGAUGAGCAGACCACGUGAUUGA